AUGGAUGUUUCUGAUGACGACUCUCCGCGUCCAUGGCGGUUUGAAGUCAGACUCUUCCGAACUCCGCGGUACCGAGAAGCUCGCGAUGGCGCUCUCCGCCCCCACGAUCUCCGCGCCCGCGCUCUUCCGCACGCUGGCGCUCGCGCCGAGCGUCACGGCGCUUUCACUGGACGCGCACGCCAGAGCAUCGGCCUCGCACGCUUCACCGGAACGCCCCACUUUCGAAUCGGCACGAAAGCUGUCGAGAAUUUCUUCCGCCUCGCGUCGUCGCGCCUGCAGGAGCUCUCGCUGCGCGAAUGUCUCGGCCACACGACGAAGCUCCCUGCCUCCGUCGCGUCGCUGUCGUCGCUGCGCGUGUUCCGCCUGUGCUCCAAGGUUCUCCGCUCUCUGCCCGACGGGAUCUGCCAGCUGUCUGCCCUGCAGGAACUUUAUCUAAACUGCCCGUUGCUGCAGCAGCUGCCCGAAAAUUUUGGCCAACUAAAGAGGCUGGAGCACCUUUCGUUUACGGGCUGCAAAGAAAUGCGGCGCCUGCCAGAUUCGCUCGGCGAUCUCUCCUCGCUCACCUCUCUCCACAUCGACGGCUCGUGGCAGGAGGAUCGCCUCCCGCCUCGCAUCGGCGCGCUGCAGCAGAUGCGGCGACUGGACCUGCGGAACUUCCGAGGCGGGUUACCAGAGGCAUGCGAAAAAUGGGCGAAUCUCGAGCAGGUCACUCUCGCUUCGUUCGCCGACAUGCGCAGUUUCCAUCUCGCGUCCGUGCACUCGCUCACGCAUCUCACCAUCUCCGUCUGUUGGAAACUCCAGACGCUCCCACCCAGCCUGCUCUUCGCUACGGCAUUGCGUCAUCUGACGCUCGAUCAUCUCGGUUUCGACGUGGCCCUCGAGCCGCUAAGCGGGCUGGUAUCUUUGGAGCGGCUGCAGGUCUCAAGCGUCGACCGUCAGGAGCGCUUUCCCGAGGCGCUCUUCGCGCUGCCGUCCCUGGCGCACGUGAAAUUGGGCUACGUCGGGUGGCUCGAACCGCGCGACGUGACGGGUGUGGAGCACGCGAGGGGGGUCGCAGCGCUGCUGGGAUACAUCGCUCGGCCCGAAGACACUGCCGCCGCCGAUGCAGCAGCAACAGCCGCCGCAGCAGCAGGUGCGGCAGGUGAUACCGCCUUCGACACGGCACUCGGCCCGUCUCUGAAGCAUCUCGGUUUCUACUUGGACACCUCGCUUCCAGAGUUGCAAGGGUACGGCAGGAGAGGCAGCUGCACGCUUCCCUCGCGUCUCUGCUCACUGCACUCCCUCACACACCUCUCCAUCGACUGCCUCUCCCCCUCUGUCACACUCCCCUCCGGCCUUGGCUGUCUGCUCAACCUGCGCUCGCUUUCCCUCUAUGGCACCUCGCUCCGCCUGCCGCAAUCCCUCUCCUGCCUCGCUCCGUGCUUGCAGUCGCUCGAGCUGCACUACAGCGGCUACAGCGACGAGGACCCCUUACACAGGAAUCUGCCUCCCUGUCUCAUGCUUCUCACCUCCCUCACGAGUCUUCACCUGCACAACAUGUACCUGCCGUUGUCCCCUCCUCUUGCCUUUGCCCGCCUGCGCGCCCUCCGCACGCUCCGCAUAGAGUAUGACAUCACCUUCCCCAGCCACGUGUCGUUUCCAGAAGACCUGGGCCAGCUGGCAGAGUUAGAGUGGCUGGAGCUGAAAUACUGCUCCAUAAGUCUGGGGCUUCCGCAGUCACUCUGUGACCUAAGCUCUCUGCGGCGCUUGUACCUCGGCAGCAAGACUUUAAAGCACCUGCCCGCGGCAAUCUCUAGGCUGUCGCACUUACAAGAGCUCACGAUUUCCUGGUGUUACAGAGUAAACGCUUUGCCUCCAGGGUUUGGCUCCCUGGGAGCGCUACAGAAGCUGAGUAUCACUGGCGCGUCGGGAGAUUACCUUCCGGACACUCUGGUCGGCUUAUCCUCUCUCGAGGAGGUGUCCUUGGCUCAUUGUUCUCACGGUUUCCGCCUGCCUCCCUCCUUCUGCCUCCUACCUCGCCUGCUCUCGCUUACUAUCACCAGCUGCGAUGAUCUCACCACACUGCCUGCUGGCUUCGGCUCUCUGUGUUCCCUGCGGCGUCUCUCUGUCGACUCGUGCAAAAGAAUCCGCUAUCUGCCCGAGUCUUUCUCCGACCUUUCCGCCCUGACCGUCCUUAACAUCUCCAACUGCCCGGAAUUUUCCCACCUUCCUGAGACCUUUGGCCUGUUGCCCCGCCUAACCCGCCUCAAAAUUGUUGAGUGCGACUCAUUCACUCACCUUCCCGGCUCAUUCUCCUCCCUGGCUACCCUCCAAGUGGCCUGCUUCAGCCUCUGCAAGCAACUGCACUCCCUCCCCCCCACGCUUGGCCUCCUGCCUCGCUUAAAAGUGCUUCAGUUGAGGCAAUGUGUGGCACUUAAGUGUUUACCAGAGUCGCUCAGGGAGGCGAGGGCUUGGCGGCAUGUGGAUGUGUAUGGCAGAGGAGUGGCGGAGGAAGGGGUGGAGGUGGGCGUGUGUGCGAGUAAAGUGCAUGUUGUGAGGGGGAGGAUGGGAAGGGCGGAGCAUGUGGGGACGAAGGAAAAAGGGAGGAAAGGGAAAGGUGGUGUGGAUGUGAAGUUGGAAGUGUAG